AUGGGGAUCUCUGUCCAUAUGUCGGACAGGUUAUGGCACCUCACCGAGGAGGCUUUUCCGGCUGAGCUGACCCAGAUCCCCACCGCGCUCAGGCAGCGGGCAGCAGCGAAGGCAGAGCCCGCGGUGCUGCGAGUGAGGAAGAUGGCCAGCAAAGGCUGCGCCGUGGUGACGCUCUGCGACCCUGCGGUCGUUGACCUCGCAUGCCGGAUGGCCGUUGCGGUGAUCGAUGGCGUUUGCGUCGAGGUCCGCCGGCACAGCCGACGGUCGAAGCGCGAUGAGCAAGGCGAGGAGGAGCUUGGUGUUUUCGUGGCUUGGGGCCACCGAGUGGAGCGCCGGGCGACCGUCAGUGAGGAGGGCCUGGAGCGUUACUUCAACGGCCUCGCUUUCGUGGCAUCGCCGGCGGCCUUGGAACCGAAAGCCCCCUUUGAGGAGACGCUGCAGAUAUUCCCGCUCUCUUCAUCGCUGCAGCCAACCUUCUGUGAGGUCAAGGAGAUCGAAGCCUCGUCCUCUCUGCUUCAAUCUGGACCGCAUGGGCGACCAGAUCUCGUGAAGUGGCUCUGGGAGACCAAGGCGGGUCUCGACAACCUGUGGAGCAAGCCACCGCCGCCGCUGGCGAGAUCUGUGAUGCAACGGGUGGCUCGAGAUCAGCUCUUCCCGCACUCCGGGAAGGAAGGCAAGGAGCACGAAAACCGUGCGGGAGAGAAGCUCGCAGAGCUUGUCAAGGCUGUGGGUCUCUUGGAUGGCAUCGCGCCAGGCUCAACUUUCUUGGACCUUUGCGGUGGACCUGGUGCUUGGUCCCAGUAUCUUCUUGGGCAGCGCCACCGCGGUUUCGGCUUUACGCUGCGCAGCGGCGCAGGUGCGGAGGAGGAUUGGCAGGCGGAGACCAAGGACGACUGGUACCCAGAUUUGCUCCGCCACCCCCAGUGGCAGCCACUUUGGGGUGCUGAUGGCACAGGUGAUUUGCUGAAGCCCGAAAACCUACUUCACCUCGCACGAUCGCUUCACGACGCCGGGGGUGUCACACUUUGCCUUGCCGACGGAGGGUUCAGCGACAAGGCCAUUCCGCCGAACCUCCUGGAGCUCCACUUCUACCGGCUCCUGCUGGCGGAGCUCCUGACGGCGGCCUGCUGCCUACUACCUGGGGGCCGGUUUGUGUGCAAGCUCUACUCGUCCUUCUCCGCAUCCACCACGGCACUCCUCUUCCUCACGACGAAACUCUUCUCCUCGGUGUGCGUGGUGAAGCCCAUGACCUCCAGGGUGGCAGGGCCUGAGCGAUACCUCGUGGCCACUGGGUUUCAGGACGGGCCUCAAGCAGAAGCUAUUCGGCACGCUUUGUGGAAUAGCCAUCGCCUGGGUGCUGGUCGAAGCCCACUACAAGUGCCGCUCUUCUCGCCUCUGAUUUCGGCUGCCGACUUGCUUCAAGACUCAGUCUUUCUGCCUCAGCUACGGAACAUGGUGGCCACUCUCGCUUGGCGACAGGCGGGUGCGCUGAAGGCGAUCUUGGAUCGAGCGAACGAGUUGGAGGAUAUGGCUUUGGACGUCGCCGCCGACGCCUCGGCAGCCCGAGUGCGGAAGGAGCGCGAGCGUGAGGAGGAGGACAUUUCUGUUGCCGUGCGCCACGUGCCAUCGCCACAGACGAGGUGGAAGCGUGCUACCGCCCAGGCGUGGAUGUAG